AUGCUAACUUUUCUUGGCUGUAUAUACUGUGAAAAGAAGAAAUUAUAUAUAGGUGUAUUGCUGGAGCUAUCAGACCAUUGGUAUGUGAGGUACACCAACUUUUUCCCGACCGUGUUCGAGAACGCAUUCCAGGGAAUAUAUAACAGAUCGGAUAUUCUGGCAGACUAUGAAUUCGAAAUGGUUAUUAAGGACACUCAGGGUAAAGCUGGUUUAGCCGCGAGACAAUUAACUGAAAUGCUGACGGAAGGACCACCUAAAGUUGCUAUCAUCGGGCCAACACUUUCUGAUUCCCUUACAGUCACGGGACAAAUUGUACCUUUCUACAAUGUCAUAGAGCUUUCAUAUAUUGCAACAACAGCUACGACCACGGACAGGGAUCUUUUCUCCACACUUUUUAAAGUGAACCAGGUUACAAAUGCGCUGAAUCCUCUGCUGAUCCAAAUGAUGAAGUAUUUUGGAUGGACAAGGGUUGGAACCAUAGCACACCAAGAGGAAUUUUCAGUAUCGCAAAUUGAUCAUUUUCAUGGACUUCUGAGAGAAAACAACAUGACACUGGUCACGUCUGCCGUUAUAUCUGACACCAGUAAUAUCAGAGAUGUUUUGAAAAGAUACAAGCAAUUUGGUGUUCGGAUAAUCAUGGGAGCAUUCCGAGGAAAGGUAGCACCAAAAAUAUUUUGUGAGGUAUACCAUCAAGACAUGUAUGGGGACAGUUAUGUUUGGAUAUUGUCUGGACCUGCAUUGUUCGAUGGUUGGAUAGACGUUGCUAAUACUACUGAAAUGGGCUGCACCAAAGAAGAAUUAAUUGAAGCAACUCAAGGCCAUUUUACACUUGACCACUUACGGGAGAGUAUGUCAACCGAACCAUGCAUAUCCGGAAAGACGCCAAAAGAAGUAAUGAACGAGUUGAGAGGUUUUGUCAGUGAAACCCGUUACACCUUGUCAACCUUUUCAAGCUGGAUCUACGAUACACCAUGGGCACUUGCUAUAGGUUUAAACAAUAGCAUAAAGUAUUUGGGAGAAUCUGGAUUGCAGCUUCACAACUAUAACUACAGCUCUGAAUAUCUCGAUGCCAUUGUUAAAGGGAUGAGAGAAGUCCGCUAUAUGGGUGUUUCGGACGUGAUUAUCAUUCUACACGUUUAA